AUGGGGACUCCAGUCAACAUCCAAAACCCCAGUAAGACGUGGGAGCUAAGCUUGUAUGAGCUGCACAGGAGCCCACAGGUAAUGACAGUCACUUUCCACAUAGGAAUACUGACAAAUGCAUCCAGGUGAGAAGUGAUAUAACAGCAUUGUAUUGCAUUCUCAGAAACAGAAGUUCAGUUAUUUUUAUAGUUUCUCAGAUAACAAAAAUCGAUGCGAGGAACUGUGGAAGCAUUGAUCUCACCUACUUGUGAAAGUCCCAUGGAAGGAAGGAUGCUUUUUUUUUGGACCAUUUAAAACAGGGCCAUGGUCAAUCAGUUUAAAGCUGACCCAUGAAGAACAUGGAUGGGCCAUCAUAGACUAACCUGUGCCUGUAUUGUGUGACAUUCCCCUCCCUGCCUCUAGGAGGCGAUCAUGGACAGCACAGAGAUAGCGGUGUCCCCCAGGAGCCUCCACAGUGAGCUGAUGUGCCCCAUCUGUCUGGACAUGCUGAAGAACACCAUGACCACCAAGGAGUGCCUGCACCGCUUCUGCUCCGACUGCAUCGUCACUGCACUCCGAUCAGGGUGAGGGACUCGCACAGCUGUGUGACUAUUUGAGGACCCUUCAUUCUGUCUACUCUGGACUGUGCUCUAGUUUAAAUCUGAAGAGAACCUCCAUACUAAAGGUUAUUACAUUUAUGUGAAAAUACUAUAUAAAAGCUUAUCUUUAACUCACUCUCUUUCCUCUCCUCAGGAACAAGGAAUGCCCGACGUGCCGAAAGAAGCUUGUGUCAAGACGGUCCCUGCGCCGCGACUCCAACUUCGACGCCCUCAUCUCCAAGAUCUACCCCAGCCGCGACGAGUACGAGGCCCACCAGGACCGGGUACUGGAGAGACUCAACCGGCUGCACAACAAGCAAGCCCUCAGCUCUAGCAUCGAGGAGGGGCUGCGCAUGCAGGCGCUGCACAGGUAGGAGAUGAGGGGGGAUGGGGUGUAGGGUUUAUAGGUUUCCCAGAAAUCUCAGUUGAAAGAUUCUUGGAAUCAGGAGAGUUGUCAGACCUAGUAUGUGGACAAACAAACCACUGACUGCACAAGUCAGGGAAAGUCCCUUCUUUAUUGAGGAUUGGAAGUUUAAAAUGGCCUCUCGCUCUUUGCUCACCCUUGACGCCCCAGAGCCCAGCGAGUGCGCAAACCGGCGCAGGAGAGCGACAACACAACCUUCAGCGGCGGCGAGGACAACGGGGACGCGAGGUCACACCUCUCCCACGACUCUGCGCCUUCCCACGCGCCCCUCCCCCCGAGCCACAUGCCCACUGAGGCCGGGCCCAGCCGGAACCCCAAGCGGCCCAGGGUGUCAGACGAGUCAGGCCCGGAGGUGGAUGGGGGCAGCCCCACGGCCCCGCUCCGCCACCACAAAGAGGGUCCCGGCUCAGAGAUAGAGCUGGUGUUCCGCCCUCACCCCCUGCUGGUCAACACACAGGAGUACAGCCAGACCAGGUGAGGGCUGAGCGUGUGUGUGUGGGGAGGUUGGUAGCUGUGAGGUGUUCUGUUAUGACUUCAUAAAUGAUGGUAAUUUCAAUUCAGAAUGUAUUCCUGAAGGGUCUUUUUAAUUGUUUUGUUUUUGUCACAUUCCUGUCUCAGAUAUGUGAAGACCACAGCCAACGCCACAGUGGACCACCUGUCUAAGUACCUGGCUCUGCGCAUCGCUCUGGAGGAGAGGCAAAGAGACAGCCAACCAGAUGCAGCGACUGAGAAAGGGAAAGAGGGAGGGGAGGCGGGGGCUAAGGGAGAGAAAGCAGUAGCAGGAGAAGGGGCCAGCCUGAAGAACGUCAGUGAGAAACAAUACACCAUCUACAUCACCACAUCAGGGGGCCAGUUCUCUGUGAGUACACAAGCUUAUCAGUUAUCUUUUUUCAGGGUGGGAGCUAUUAUCAGUGACUUGAUCUAAUUUAUUUAUUUGACCCAUUCUCAUACCUCUGUCACUCAUAUCUAAAAAAAAAUUUUUAUCUCUCUCCUUUCUGCUCUACUUUGAUCCUCAUCCAUUGCUUUAUAUUUCUUCGACUUAUUCAUCUCCCUCACGUUUCUCUGUACCUCUUUCUCAGACUCUGAACGGCUCCCUGACUUUGGAGCUGGUGAAUGAGAAGUACUGGAAGGUCAGAAAGCCUCUGGAGCUCUACUAUGCCCCCACCAAGGACCAACCGCUUCAACCACCACAGCCACCGCAGCAGAAGUCCCCACAGCCCAAAGAGGGGUGAGGAGGACAGGAGCCCUCCCUCUUCAGCCUUUAUCACUCCCUGUCUCUGACCGCCAACUGAUCAUGUGUGUCGGAGAGACUUUUAAAGAUUUAUGUGUGCUGCGUGUAGCUGCUUCUAAGGUAGUCAUACGGAACAUUCCAUAUAUUGCUGAAGGUCUUCAACUUUGUCCUCAGACUUUGAAGUUUUUCUGUUUUUCCUCAGUAGCUUCAAAUCAAACCUGAGUGUGAAGUUGUUUUUAGAAUUCCUACAAAUUAAAAUGCUGUCUGGACUGGUGCACACACCGCCAGACAACACCUACGUAGUCCAGCCUUCUUUCAAACCUUCACAGACCACCAAGUAUUGAUGCUUGACAUUGCAUCAGGACUGCCACAUUAUGUUGAUACAUCAUUUCAGAUCAGCGUGAGUAAUUUACUUUGGAAACUGUUGUGUGGAGAUUAACUUUUUCCCUUUGAGACAGACUUGGGAUGACCAGAUGUCAUAAAGGAUGGUUGAAUUGAAUAUUAUGCAAGAAUAUACUGCUAUAUAGCAGUAGAUUAGGACUUUUCUAUACUGAAUACAGCUUGCUUUGAAAUUAGUUUAUAAUUGUAACUAUUUAUGACAUUUCUAUUUAAUUUCUUUAAGACAUGACUGAUGCACUAUGCCGCUUAUGGAGGGCGUCAAGUAGCAACGGUUGGUGGAAUUGAGCUAGUUAAUGUGAUUUAUCCUAAGCUUGGACGCAUAGAGGGUCCACAGGGCUUUUUCCUAAUGCUAGCUUCAUACCUUUCACUUCCUUUAUCAAGUCUUACCUGAUGCACUUUAUACACUGAGUAUACUCAACAUUAGGAACACUCCCAACAGGGAUGCUGGCCCAUGUUG